UAGAACAAGUUGUAUGCCCUUUGAAAGAGCAUCAUGCCGACAAUAGCUCAAAUCGAUUAAAUAUUUUCGUAUGCCGUACGCUAUUUUUGACCUCAUGUUCAGCAAAUUAUGUUGGAUUUUUUUCCUUUACCUCAUAUGCUGACGUUUGAGUUUUGUUUAACACGUCGAAUGUAUAUAAUUUUUUUGUGACGCCGCAGCUUAAUUUAAUGUUAAUAAUUUGUUGAACGUUUUUAUGACACUGCAAACUGGAUUGUUGCCAUUAUUUUGGAGGUGAUGUAAAAGUGUCGCCGAAGUUGUCACACUUGUCCAAAUUAAAAUCUUGUCGGCAUUACGGGAGUGGAAUUUAAAAUUUAACUGAGUUCCGAUGUGGAUUUUCUUGAAAUUCAAUAUGCUUAAGUACUUAUAGAACUUUAAUCUUCUUAUCGAGCAGUUACAAAUUCUAGAAAUUUUCUAAACAUUUUCCAUUCGCCACUUAAAUAUUGAAUAAGAUAAUUAUUUUCAUUUUUAUUGCGACUAAACCUGUGUCAUAAUGAACUAAACAUGUUAAUUGCCUCUACAAACAUACAAGAUCAUAUGCCAUCGUUCACUUAAUAAGUGUAUAUUAUUUAAUCACAAUCAUAGGUCAAAUUGUUUCAUAAUGCUAGAAAAAAACGUGAAGACUCAUCUAAAAAUGUUUGCUAUUUUUUUCGGUUGUUUUUUGUUCAGUUCAACGAUGAUUUGCAUAACUCCUAUAUGGUUUUUUUUUUUUUCGUUUUCCUGUGUGUCGAUGAAAAUGACCACUUAUAUCUUUAUUAUUGCCUUUUUAUGGGGCGCACAUGGCUCAAGAGUCACCAUUUCUUUGUUGGUCUUUUAAAGUGCGUAAUGAGUGGAUGUUUGUAGUAAAGUGCGGGUAGUUUUGACCACCUGGAUGUUCAUAGAAAAUGUUUUGGAAACUCCGACUUAGGGAUAUUUACAUUUUCCAUACCCUAUACGAAAGCAUUUAAUUGGAAAUACAAAAUAUGAUGGUAUGUUUUCUAUCCUUUAAUAAAUUAAAUUUUUUAUUUUAACCUGCAUUGGCUGUAGUAAUUUUCUGUAUCAGCAAUAUUUUGGGGGGAAAAUGAUUCAAUACCCUGUGAGAAAGGGUAUAACAAGUUUAUACAAAACUCGGACAAAAGUCGUCUUCCAUUCACUUAAUAAAAGACAAUAACUGCGUUUACUUAGUUUGUCCGUGUUCGUGUGUACUUGUUGAAGUUAAAGCAAACAUUUCUGGACACAGAUAUUUAACUAUAUACAUAUGUAUCUGUAUCUAUAAGCUAUACGUACGUACGUAUAUAGAUGCGAACGAACCGAGUGAGAGAUUGUGUACACACUAUUGCUAAGUGGAAGUUAAGUGAAAUCAGAGCCGGCAGCACUUUGAACUGCAACCCGUCGUUUUUUGGCCGUCCGAACGGCGGAUCACCACCUCCUUCAGAUGGCGAUGGAGAUCGAUGCGGAGAUCUGGAUAUUUGGUUAUGUGGAGAUGAGAUCAAUGGACGAACCUAGAUGGAUCGUAUCCGAUCCAUCGACACCUGUCCGAACCGACCCAGUUGCCUUUUAGACAUACUGUUUGUGUUUUGACUUUCAAUUCCAAAUUGUAUAGGUUUCCAAAUUUUCAAAAUAAAAAAAAAAUACAAAAAAAAAAAUAGAAUAAAAUUCAAAAAGAAGCAAAGACAUGGCGUGGUGCUUCCGCGACAUUCGGCGCCACAUGUGCAUGCUGAUGCGUCAGAACUUCGCCAAAAGUUGCGAGAAGAAGCUAAACGACCAGAUCAACAUGGAGUUGAAGGCAUCCCACCAGUAUCUGGCCAUGGCCUACCAUUUCGAUCGCUCCGAUAUCAGUUCGCCCGGAAUGCACCGAUUCUUCCUGAAGGCGAGCGCUGAGGAGCGGGAACACGCGGAGAAGAUCAUGACGUACAUGAACAAGCGGGGUGGUCUUAUCAUUUUGAGCAGUGUACCACAGCCGCUGCCCUGUUUCGCCAACAGCUUGGAUGCACUGAAGCACGCAAUGAAAAUGGAACUGGAGGUCAAUAAGCAUCUGCUCGACUUGCACGCCCUGGCUGGCAAGGAAGCGGAUCCGAAUCUCUGCGAUUUCAUCGAGGCCAACUUCCUGCAGGAGCAAGUGGAUGGCCAGAAGAUCCUCGCCGACUAUAUCAGCCAAUUGGAGAAGGCGCAAAACCAGGUGGGCGAGUUCCUGUUCGACAAGUAUAUGGGCAGCGGCAUGCAUCCUGCGAAAUGAAUACCCCAAAAUGGACCACCAUCCGAUGAAGAAUGCGUAUUAUAAUUGGCGGACCCAUGUGUGUGUUUAGUAAAGAUUCGUUUUGUGGCCGAUUUUGCUGCCACAUUAUCAGGUGGCUGGCGUAAAACUAACUCUAUAAAUAAACUCGCUUAUCGGCUCCAAAAGUUUCGCAAGAUUCUAAUUGAAAUCGACACCGAAACUGAGUCCAAAAACAAAGCUCCACGAAAUCAACAGCUAAACCCAUCUGAUAACCCUUUAGUUGGACCAUAGUGGAUAGUAUUGGAUAGCACUUCUCCUUUGAUCAGUGUUGUCAAUCGGUUUGUAAUCAAAUGACUCAAUAUUUCUGUUAGAUGAUGCUAAUCUGGAAUCUAUAAAGAUAAAAGUUAAAAGAAGCCUGACAUUAAACUACAUUUGUUCUACCCAUUAUAUAAUAAAACACUUGGAACUUGACGAUGAAGCAGUUGGUCUAUACGAUAAGCAUUUGUGACGUAUUAAUAGGUUAUCUAUAUAGAUUGGGAUCGUGGCAGUCGGCAAGACACGUCAAAGAUAGUAACUAAUUCAUUUAGUUACAUAGAAUGGGAUUGUUUAAUAAAAUGCGAAAUAAGUGCAGUGUUUCGAAACAUGGUACUAAAUCGAAUUAAAUUUUGCCCGAUCUAAUCUCCGAAAUCAUGAUCCCCCCUGGGAGUUUGUGGGGCAUUCCCACAUUGGCCAGCGAACUCACCCAGAUCGCAGGGAUCGUCAUUCAGAACUGAAUGCUGAACUGAAUGGUAAGAUCUUGGCGGGGCUUAAUUGAAAAGCGCGUCGCAUUUCCGGUCUAAAGUCUGAGGUUCGGAGGCAUUCAUACGAAGGCAGACUGUACAUACAUACAGUGCGAUACAGAUGCGGCCCCAAUAAAUUGCCAUAAGCUGCGGACUAGACCAGACCAGACCAGACGAUCUGUAGUAGUAGUAAUCCUCCCCCGGCGUGCGGGCGUUAGAAAAACUCGGUGUCUGGUCGACGGCGUACUUGUCCCAAUUAAGAUUUCUGUCCAAUCCAAUACAAUUUGCAGCUGGAAAUGUGAAAAGCCUAGAGUUGCGAGAUUGCCAGCUGCCCAUAUGCUGCAUAUAUGUAUAUAUGUAUGUGCUAUAUAUGUACCUGAUCCGUAUGCCAUGCAUAUGGGUCUGUAUAUCACUUGUGACGAUGCAAAGGUGUCGCCUCUAGAUCUGUCAAUAUAAGCCCUAGUUUAGAUCUUAAAGAUCUUAAACACCCGCAUUAUAAAUCGUUUCAUUUUGAAUUGAGUCUUAAGUUACACCCUUGUACACUUAUGUUUUAUUAUAUCGUCUUUUUAGUAACUAAAUCACAUCAAUUUGAGUGGAGGUAAUGCUGUUAGACAUUACUCGAGUUAUCGAUACCCUGAGAGCCGUUCAUUUGAGCUAUAAAACCACGAACCUGUAAUUAAAAUCCACUUGCGAUUCGAUUGAUAAUUGAAACAAUUACCGAGGGGUAGCCAAUAGCCGAUCCGUUGUUAAUUUAAAUAAUUGAUUUUGAAUGCGGUUCCGUGACGUCUUCA